AUGUGGGCCAGGAGGUGCGGUGCAAAGCCACGAUGGCCCUCCAGGAUCAAGGUGGUGUUCUUCAGCUUUCUCUCCGGGACGCUUGGGCUCUCGGUGUACAUGUACAUGUCCGGACUGAGCACUUCGUCGUUGGACCUGUCGCGAUCGACUUCGGAGCAGCCGCUCUGUCUGACCUCCUGGCCUCAACGCUACGACCAGGUCGUCACUUCCACGAUUUGGAGUGAGGACGACGUGCUGUUCAAAGCGCCAGGUGCGGACAAGGAGUUCUUUGCGAAGUACGGCUGCGAAGUUCCAGUGCUGUCUGGUGCAGUCUGUAGGGACGUGAGCUUCCACACAGAGGAUCUUCAGCGACCGCUUGCCUUGGCCAUGGGCGCCACGGGCUUCGACUACGACCUGAUGGGCGCUUGGGCGCUUUGGUGGCUUCUCUUGACGUUGGUGGCCUGGGUUGGGGUCACCAUACACGACUUGGCCCUGAUUGGGCAAUCCCAGAAGGACUUCGUCCUUGAUGUCAGCGGUGUCAACAAGCACUGCCCUUGCAUCCGAAGCGUUUGGAAGUUUCUAGCUGGCUACAGGCCGCUGGUGCGCUUGGCAAAUUCCGAACGCUUCGGAACACGUUCAUUGGGCAUCGUGCUGGCGGUGCUGUUGGCUCCAGUUCUGUUGGCCUGGAAUUUGCUGGUGCUGCUGUUCAUCAUCUGCCCGUUGAUCCUUUUUGCUUUCAUGCGAUAUCCAAUCCGAAUGAGUCGUGCAUGGGUCUUCAUCAUCUCGGUAGCCUGCGUUCUCUAUGGAUCGGCGCUCACAUUGCAGCAGCUGGCCUUCGUGGCUCGCACCGAUCUGCGUCCGAGAUAUGCACUGACCUGGGAAGCCCAGGGCUUUCAAAGCGCAUCUUUGCAGUCCAGCCUCUGCACAUGUGGCUGCGAUUAUUCAAUGUCCCUGAAUGUAUCUGUGAACCUGGCGGUGAUUGGCUUGGUCACAACAGUGAAAAGUGCCUUCCUGGCGUUCCGUUGCUUGAAGGGCUUGCGCAGGUCGCAGUGGGCGAACCUGCUCUCCGUCACCUUCCCGGUACCCCUUACUGUCUACACCGUGGACUGGCAGCAGGCAGAUGGCCUGCCCAUCCGAUUUCGCACCAAGGAAAUGCCGGUUCAGGGAGAGGUGGCCUUUGAUCCCUUCGCCAUGAUGGACGAGCAGCCGGACAGCGCCUACACGACGGUCCACCUGCGACCGGAGCGUGUACAUCGCUUCGAGAAGUCGGAGCACGGCGAGCUUCGCGUGCUGCAGCCCUCCAGGCGACUGGAGAUGCCAGGAAUGCCCGUGCCAUCGAAGUUGGAGCCAGCACAGUUCAAAGCUGUGAUUGAGGCAGAAUACAUUGGCUGCUGCGGCUUUCCAUGGCCUACGGGUGGCAAGAAGUUUGUCUACGAUGAGGAUUUUCUUGACACGCUGGAGCGCGGUACCGCGCUCCCAUACGUAGACGGACUCACUCCUGCGAAAGACUUGGCUGAGGAGGAGGAAUCCGAUAUGGACGAGUCUACAACUGCCGACUGUGCAGUCGAAUUCGCUGGCAUUCCAAUAGCGUGCCAAGUGCGAGAUUGCGGAAGGCCAUCUGGCACCUGGCUGCCCUUUGCUGCGGCUCCCGUGCUACAGCCGCGGGAAGACACCCCGCUCAGUGGCGACGACCGAGAGGCUUCUCUGAGGCGGCUCUGA